UCCCCUGCCCAAAAUCCUGUCUGCCAUAAUGCUCUUAACCUGUUCCAACAACCACCCUCACCAAAUGGAAACUGGGAAAACAAAGCCAACAUGGGCAUUAACUACUAGGAAGCAAUGGGAAGGCCUCCUUGACCCCUUCGACCUCAGCCUCCGGAAACCCAUCCUCCGGUGUGGUGACUUCUGCCAAGCCACUUAUGAUGCCUUCGACAGUGAUGCUCACUCCAAGUACUGUGGCAGCAGCCGCUAUGGCAAAAAAUCCUUCUUCCACAAUGUGUUACUCCCAGAUGCCUCCAACUACAAAGUUGUAGCUUUUCUAUAUGCCACUUCCAGCAUCGAAAUAUCCAAAGCAUUUAUUAUCCACUCCGUACACCCUGAGGCCUGGGAUAAGGAGACAAAUUGGAUUGGAUACAUUGCAGUAACCACAUAUGAAGUCAGCAGCGCCCUUGGCACAAUCUACGUAGCAUGGUGUGGAACCAUUCGCCAACUUGAAUGGCUCAAUGUUUUGGAAGCAAAGCAGUUAAGCAUCAAACGGUUCCGAAUUCAGAAGACAAACAAGAAUGACAACAGUGAUGAUGGGGACAAUGUACCAAAGGUCAUGGAGGGUUGGCUCACAAUUAGCAAUCAUAACUCUCCUUUUGCAAAAACAAGUGCAAGAUACCAAGUUCUAAGCAAAGUCAAGGAGCUGGUGAAUACAUACAUAGGAAAAAACUUGAUCUUGAUGUUUAAAGGACACAGCCUCAGUGCAGCACUAGUAGUUUUGAGCGCAUAUGAUGUGGUAGAAAAUGGGUUGCAAAGUAUCCCGAUAUCGGCAUUUGUGUUUGGCUGUCCCAUGUUAGGGAACAAGGCCUUCUGUAACAUGCUCAAGGCAAAACUGAGGAUUUUACAUAUAAAGAAUGUAAUUUACCAUAUACCACACUACCCAAGUACCCCUUUGGGUUAUGCAUAUGCAGGAAUUGAGCUACCGAUCGACAGCAGGAAGUCACCAUACCUGAAGAGUUCGUUAUACCCGGGGGAUUGGCACAACUUGCAGGCGUUGCAUGUGUGACACAAUGGAGACUUUGAGCUGAAGGUGAAGAGGAGCAUGCUCGUCAGCAAGUCCUGUGAUUUUCCUAAGGAUGAAUACUUGGUUCCUACCUCGUGGUGGGUUGUGAAGAACAAGGGUAUGGUUCUGAAUGAAGAAGGCAUGUGGGUUUCAACCCAACCAUGUGAUGAUGACAUUCCUGUCCCAGAAUUUUGAACCAUUGGAUUCUCUAAAAUGCAGAUUAUUAAUCA